AUCGUCGUCUACGAUGCUGUGCUCUCUCCAGUCUACCAAGUCCCAGUGCUGUACUUUGGCAUACAGGACUCACUGCAUCGCUAUCCCCCCACAAUGGCGACUCUGUACGACCAUCUUGUCAUGCCGCACUUCAGGCCCCAGACGCAAGACACCAACACGGGCGUCAUCGGAGGCAUCUCCAUGGCUGAACAUCCAAUCACUAACACACCUGUAUUCUUCAUCCAUCCGUGCCAGACCGCCCAGGUCAUGCAAGCUAGCCUGCACAAGGACACGACGGCAGAAGCAUACCUCAUAGCCUGGAUUGGCGCACUAGGCAAACCUGUGGGUCUAAACAUACCUCUACUCCUUGCCCAACAACUGUAA